GUGCCUCCCCUCACUGCUUGGACUGCUCCAUUUCACGUCUGAAAAAAUCUGAUAGUUGGAGAAGAGUUCUUCAUGUCAGAGACUGCUGUAGCCAGAGCACAUAGAGUACUAUAGCUCCUGGAUCAUCUAAGCUGAACAAAUGGAUGAGAAAGAGCUGAGUGAUCCCCUGAAUAACCUGUCUCUGAUCAAAGAUGACCUCACCAGAUCAAACACAGGGUCCACUGGUGAUUCCCAAAAAAUGAUCCAGCGCUUGAACGAUGAGCUCCGGGAAGCCCAGGAGCUAGUGAAUAUAGAGAAACAUAAAUGCAUUGAACUACAAGGUAUUUUGGAGGAGGAGAGAAAAGAAAGUAAACAACAAGCUGAUGAAUCUGCAAAACAGAUAAAGCUUCUCCAAGGCCAGCUGCGGCAGCUCCAGGAUGAAAUGGGCGUUCUCAGAGAGCAGAUGGAUGUUUCUUCCAGCUCACGCGAUGAGCUACAGGGUGCACGUGACGAGGUGAAGUCACUGAAACGUGCCCUGGAGGCAGCUACGGCUGAACGCGACCGUGACGUCACUACCAUCCAGACUAACCUGACGACUGUCUCCAAGGAUCUGGAUAAAUGGCGUCAGACUGCCAAUAAAUAUGAGCGUGAAAUUGACAACCUGCAGCGCGACCAUCAGCAGCAGAGCAUGCAAUGGCAAAAGACUGCAGAAAUACAAGCCAGUGAAGUGCAGUCCUUGCAGAUGGAGUGUAAUGGUCUUCAGAAGGAGUGUUCUGUCCUACGAUCCGAAAAACAGGACAUGGUGAAUAAGCACCAGAAAGAAAAGAGCGGUCUGCAAAGUGAGUGUGCUUCUUUCAGGUCAGAAAAGGAGGAACUCCUGAAAAGUCACCAGAAGGAGAAGAGCAACCUGCAGAAUGAAUGUUCAGCACUACGCUCUGAGAAAGAGGCAGCACUGCAGAAACAGCAGCAACUUGAGAGGGAUCUUGCCAGUUCACGUGCACAGACUGCUGAUCUUAACAAUAGCCUUAAAGCCCUGGAGAGAUCACAGCAGGAGUUGGAGAAGAAGCUGGCAGCCCUGCAGCUCCAGCACCAGCAGGAAAGCACCAAACUUCAAACCCAACUGGACGAAGCAGACAGCCACAGCAGAGCUCAGCAAAUAGAGCAUGAGGAUUUAAAGAUGCAGCUGACAGAGUUAAAGGAAAAAUAUGAGAAGGUGGAGCAGGAGAAACAGUUAAUUACAGAAGAACUGGAGGAAUGCAAAGGCAACAUGAAGGAACUGCAGGAGAAAGGAACGAAGACGUCCCUAUUGCUGCCUGUUCAAGCCAUAGUCAUCGGCCUUAUCCUGGCUUUGCUGUAUUGGUGCUUCGGCGCAUUGUGGUAGUAAGAAGCCGUGGAUGAUCUGGGGGCCUGUGGCUGCUGUGGCUCUAACAGCUGUGACGGCUGCUGUGCUCUUCAGGACCUGAGGGAAACCUCCUUAAACACACACAAUAGUGAAUAUCUGUUAGUUGUCAGAUUUCUCCACACUGUAACUGAAAAACUUGCCCUCUUAUCAUAUCUGCACUAUUAUUUAGGAGGGCUCUUAACACUGUUUAAUUCUUAAGAUGCUCUAUUUUAGAGGGAGAUAUUAAUAAAAGAAUGUCAGUUUGUGGGCAAAUGUAAGUUGGGAUGUCUGUUUAUAGGAAAGAAGACUAGUUGGGUCAAUAUUUGUUUACUAUUUUUGCCUAAUGUGGUUGUCCAUUAAUGAAUGUAUAGAUACACAUCUGACUAAUUCUGAAGACAUGAUGGCAUUUAAAAUGAAGGAUCUGGACUUUGAGCCAAAUGUAGCCUAACAAAUCUGUACAAAUAACAAGUAACAUGACAAGAAUGAGUUGGUACUCCAGAUGUUAGUUGAAAUCAAAUGUUUGAUGAAGACCCUGGACCCUGGGUAGAUGAAAAUACAUCAGCUGAUGGUUGUGGGCAGUGCUAUGAUCACCGAUAUCAGUGUGAAAUGAUCAAAGGUUGGUGAGCACAUACUGGAUUUGGCAUGUGGUGAUUUUUUUUGUUUUUUGUUUUUUGUUUUUGUUUGUUUUUUAGCAGAGACAUGUAUCAAAAAUGUAUGUUAUAGUUUUCUUCCCAGUAUGAUUAAAGAGAAGUCUAUUAA